GCGCGUGGGCGGGGCGCGGCCGGGCUCCGGCAGGCGCUGAGCGCGGCGAGAGCGGAGCGAGCGGCAGGCUUUGGUUAGUGUUUUAGGCUCAUAUUUCUUUGGAGCUGAUGUUUUCCUAACACUUCCAGCUUGGCUUUAAAAGCCACUUUGCUGGAAUGUUUUAAACGGUUAAGAACCCUCUAGGAUUUGAAGUUUAUUUAAAUUGGUUGAAGAAAUAACUUCUGGCCUCACCAAAGAAAUAACUGGAAUCAUGGAUCAGAACAACAGUUUGCCACCCUAUGCUCAAGGCUUAGCAUCCCCUCAGGGUGCAAUGACUCCAGGAAUCCCAAUCUUUAGCCCGAUGAUGCCAUAUGGCACAGGACUGACACCGCAGCCUGUCCAGAGCACCAACAGUCUGUCCAUACUGGAGGAGCAGCAGCGGCAGCAGCAGCAGCAGCAGCAGCAAGCAGCACAGCAAUCCACAUCACAGCAAGCGACACAGGGAACAUCUGGUCAAACCCCCCAGCUCUUCCAUUCACAGACUCUUACCACAGCCCCUUUACCAGGAACCACACCUCUGUACCCCUCUCCAAUGACUCCCAUGACUCCAAUAACUCCUGCGACACCGGCAUCAGAGAGCUCUGGCAUAGUGCCACAACUACAGAAUAUUGUGUCCACAGUGAAUCUUGGUUGCAAACUUGACCUAAAAACCAUUGCACUUCGUGCCCGAAAUGCUGAAUAUAAUCCCAAGCGUUUUGCUGCUGUUAUUAUGAGAAUAAGAGAACCACGUACUACUGCACUAAUAUUCAGCUCUGGAAAAAUGGUGUGUACAGGAGCAAAAAGUGAGGAGCAAUCCAGACUGGCAGCAAGGAAGUAUGCAAGAGUUGUUCAGAAACUGGGUUUUCCUGCAAAAUUUUUGGAUUUUAAAAUUCAGAACAUGGUGGGCAGCUGUGAUGUGAAAUUUCCCAUCAGACUGGAAGGAUUGGUACUCACACACCAGCAGUUCAGCAGCUACGAGCCGGAAUUGUUUCCUGGCUUAAUCUACAGAAUGAUUAAGCCAAGAAUUGUUCUGCUCAUUUUUGUUUCUGGAAAAGUGGUUUUAACUGGUGCUAAAGUACGAGCAGAAAUCUAUGAAGCAUUUGAAAACAUCUAUCCUAUUUUAAAGGGAUUCAGAAAGACAACGUAACAGUUUCUACACGAUUCAGAAAAAUCAGGUGUAUAUUUUAAAAGAUAUUGUGUAUGGCACAGCAGUAACAAGAAAUGGACUUCCAGUGCAACUGCAACACCAGGACUUGGACUAUUUCCCAGUUAGUGCCUACUUCCCUCGUGCUCAAGGGGAACUGUAUUCUUGAAUAUGUCUACUGAGUUACUGUGAGUUGCUUUACUGGACUGUUCUGGAGCAGUCCCUCCCACUUUUAUUUAUAUUCUAGCUUUUAAAUAGUUUUAAUGCCAGUUCUAUUAAUAGAAAAUCUGUAAGUUGUUUGAAGACUAAUGCAACUGUGUCACUCAGUGUAUAAAUCACUUAAAUUGCCAUGUAUACAUGUUUUAAGUUCCUUCCAUAAAACAAUGGUUUUUAUAAUUUCCAGAACUUUACCUUUUACAUUUUUUCAAUUUUAAAUUUCUUUGGUGCCAGACACAUUCCCUCUUUACAGUAUUAAGCAAGAUAAAAUAAAUUUAUUAAUUAAAAUGGCUCACUGUACAUAUAUAUAAUAUAUACCUUUCUUCUCUUUCCUUCUUCAACUCCACAUGUACAAUAAAUCCUGUUUAUACAACUAUGAAAACUGUCUUAAUAAAUUUUAAAAUUACCCAGCUGGUAGAAUUAAAUAUAUUGAAUUUUUUUUUAUUUAAUCAGUUUUUUAAUAGCAGAUGCACUACUCUAAGUGACUCGUCACUUUGGUAGAAUCUUAACAAUGCUCUGGUUUGCUUACCAGGAGUCACAUCCUUGGCAUUGUCUACCUUGAAUAUUUCCAAUGUUAAAGCAAAAGAGAUGACUGGUUAAAGAACCUUGUGUUUGAGUAUGUGUUGCCUCAUGUUCAACAGAUGGGAUUUAGGCAAGUCUUAAAUAGCUGCACUUGAUUGAAUUGAAACAAAAAAUCCCUGCUUAGCUUCUAGAAUUUCUUUAAAUUACUACUUCUGUAUUUUACCAGCUGUGACAGCCUCACUAUAUUAGUGUUCCUGUAAAAUGUCAAAGCCUAUCCGACUGGAGUCAGUAUGUACAUAAUCUUCCUUCUGAACCAUGCUUGAAGCUUACUGAGCUGAGAACUAAAAAUAAACUUUUUUUUCUUCAGUAAAUUUCCGGUAAUAACAACCUCUCAAUGACUUACACAUUAUUUCAAACAGCUUUUAUCUGAAACUAACCGAAAUGUAAACAAUGGUCUCACUACUAAGUUGGUGUUUCAUUCCAGACAAAAUGAAGUUUUGGCUGGCUUUGAUACUGCUCCAUUUCCAAAUCCUGAGUGACCUUAAUAUUCAGUCUUCUCUCCACGCCAUUGUUACUCCAGGCAUUUUAAUAGCCAGUUUCAUGAAUCUUACCAGAAGGAUGCUCUUUACUAACAUAGCUGCACAUGAUAAGUUCAAGAUACUCGAACACUGCAUUGCUUUCAAUAUUGCACCACUGUGUUACGAGCUCAUGACUAUAACUGUUCCUGAGAGCUCUUGACUAUAACUGUAUGAUUGUCCAUGCUUUUGCAGGACCUGAACUAUUACCAGAUUAUGUGCAAAACUUCAACUCUUCAGAAAGCUUGGAGCCCUAAGAAACAGUGGGAUGGUUUCAAAUAAAAUGAGUUGAGCUGUACUACAGUGACUUAAUACACACUUUGCUGUUUCACGACACAUACCAGGGCUUAAAACUACCCUGCUAGAAAUUAAGCUCAGUGAUAACAAAACCACUUACAGGUACAGCAUUCUCUGCCUGCUCACUUGAGUAUUUUCAACAUCCAAAUGAUUUUAAAAACCCCACAGUGAGCCUAGGACUUCUGUAAAAUCACUUUCAGAGUCACAGGUAAGCAGCCAUGAAUGGCUGGAGCAGAAUGAGGGAAUAUCUCAAUUCUGUACUGAAACGCAUAAAAAAGCCUUUUCUGCAAAUACAGUUAAUAGCCAUAGGAGUAAUUAAGCAACUACCACAGUAAACUCAGCAUCAUGGUUUGACUUUUCUUGUGCCUGAGCUAUAUGGCAGUCAUAUAGCAGAAGAAUCCCUGCAGAGGACACUUAUUUAUAAACUCCACCAAUAAUGGCAGACUUAAGGUACAAUUCAGCUUGAAAAUCUGCUGCUACAGGCACUGUGUAACAAAACAAAUGUGUUCUGGUAGGGCUGACUUUGUUUAAACUGUUUAUGAUGGUAGGGCUGACUUUGUUUAAACUGUUUCUGCACCAAGUAACUGAGUUAAACUGUUUCUGCAUGGAGCUAAUACUUUUAAGUCAGAUAAAACACAUAAUUUUUGUGCAUUUUAUCUCAAAUACCCACUCAAUCAGAAUAUGUAAAAAACUCACAAGUUAGGUUCGGUGUACGUGUUGAGAAAGGGAACCAGAUUUAAGUUCCACAACAGAAAGCUGUGGAGCUUUGUCUUAGCUGACUCCGGUACAGCUCUGAACAUAAGCACCUGAGUUUACAGUAGUUUGCUCUUUUCUAAAUGAGUGUUAAUUUUUGAGUAGCUUAACGAAGAUCCUGACAGACUACAACCUUCAGAUUUUUGAAGUUCCAUGACCAACAAAAGAUAAAGAUGGAUUAGUGAAAUUAUGUAAACUUUCAGAAAUGAGAUUUGAAAUGACACUCUCUAAACAAAUACAUCUGGCUUCAUUCCCAGGUUGAAGUAAAAGCUCCUCUGGAGUACAAGAGAGGCUGUCAAGGUCUAGUUACAGCAAUUUUAUUAUUACAAGAUCCAGAGUU